GUAGGUGUUCCUACUCCUGAUGUACAGUUUAUGGAACUAGCCUAAUUUCUAAGAAUGUAGAUAAUUUUGUUAAGGUACAUUUUAAUUUGUUAUAUAUUCCAUUCCAGACUGUGAUAAGCCUUACAAAUUCCACUAUGAAUAGUUCGCGCUUGAAGAGUUCUCGGUACCUUGUUUUUUUAACAAUUGGAGUGAGCGGGUUUACAAUUCUGAUGUAUUUCCACUUGGCUACAGAAGUAACACAUUUACGCAAUGUAAUGCAUUCGCAUGCUGCCUUGGGAUCCAUUCUAAGAGGGGUCCCACCAAGUGAUAAUGUUUUGGAUCUGGAUAAUUUGGUUAUAAUAUAUAACAGAGUCCCAAAGACAGGAUCUACCUCCUUUAUAGGUUUAGCCUAUGAUCUGUGUGCCAAAAAUAAAUUUAAUGUCUUGCACAUUAACACAACAAAAAAUAUGCCAACUUUAUCAUUAACUGACCAGAUGCGUUUUGUCUACAAUGUGUCUAAUUGGUUAGAGAAAAAACCUGGAAUAUAUCAUGGUCACAUUGCAUAUCUGGAUUUCAGUAGGUUUAGCGUCAGUCGACAGCCACUGUACAUAAACAUCAUAAGAAAACCACUCGACCGCCUUGUAUCCUAUUACUACUUCAUCCGUUAUGGAGAUGAUCUGCGACCUUAUCUGAUAAGAAAGAAGAUGGGUGAUAAGAUGACCCUCGAUGAAUGUGUUGCAUUGGAGCAUGCCGACUGCUCAGUGAAUCAUGUAUGGCUUCAGGUACCGUUUUUCUGUGGCCAUCAUUCUGACUGUUGGAUACCAGGAUCAAAUUGGGCCUUAGAACAAGCCAAGUUCAACUUGGUUCAUAAUUAUUUCCUUGUUGGUGUCACUGAAGAACUCAAGGAUUUUGUGGCAAUGUUGGAGUAUUCUCUUCCUCGUUUUUUUAAAGGUGCUUUACAUUUAUACAAUACAGGCUCAAAAUCUCAUUUGCGGAAAACUGUGAAAAAGAUAUUGCCUUCAGAGGAAACUGUUGCCAAACUGCAAAACACAAAGGUGAUGAGACUGGAGGAAGAAUUUUACAAUUUUGCCCUGAAUCACUUCCACUUUUUAAGAAAGAAGACUCUAGUUGAUGUGGAAGGCAGUGACCUCAUAUUAGAGAGAGGUCAGAACUUUGGUUAUGAAAAAAUUAAGCCUAGAAAAAAUGCUCCAGAGGCUUCAUGAGGCAAUAGAAUGCAGUGGAGAAGAGGUAAUGAAUACUAGAAUACUGUUGUAGGUACAUCUUGUUAGCAUUAUGAUGGCAGUAGCUCUUUGGCACUUGCAUGCAACAAGAAAUACAGGGAAGAGGAUCAAAUGAUCUCACUCUUCUGUAUACAGUACCUUCUAUUUAUUGCAGAUAUGCCUUACCUUACAAGUUAGAUACUCCAUUUCAAAUAGAAGUCACUGUAUACUGUACCAUAUAUAUGUAUGACUUAAAUUUUUCAUAUGUUUGUUAUUUGAAGAUGUAUAACAGUGAUGUAUGACCUACAUAUAUAUUGUUACCAUUUUGAGAAGGAAACGGUUUUAUGACCGACAUAUUUCAUGUUUAUUCAGGGUAGGUGGGAUUAGUGGUCAGUUAAAAGGUUAGUGUUUCUAUGAGUGAAUUUGUCAAUAAGAAGGUUAUGGUGUCAGUUGCUUUGUCAAAGUAGAGAAAUUUUAAUCACUUAAAUAAUGGGAGUGAUUACAACAACUUACAUUCACAAGAAAAAAAAAUUUUAGUGCAUAAAAUUUUGUAGGAAACAAAAUUGUGGUCAUAUUUAAAGAAAAUUUUGAUUCCCAAUGAAGACUGUGUAACUGCUAAGUGAGAGAGUGCAGAAUGAUAGUAUUUAGAUUGAAGUAGUAUUGUAUUUUUGUUUCCUCCAUUGUAGUUGUACUAUUUUCUUAGUAUCUUUGCUCUUAACCAUGCAAUAUUGUAUAUAGUGUACAAUACAUUACACUGUAGUAUCUAUAGAGAAUAUUUCCCUGGUGUUGUUAUCUCUUGUUCUUUGGAUAGGAUUUUGUAUAUGUAUAAAUAAAUAUAUAUUUUCUUUAUGUAGUAUUGUAUGUCUGCAAGAAUGCCUGUAACUUGUAUGUAAAACUGUAUACUGUACAUAUACCACAUCAUAUUUGGCGUCAGUUUUGAAUUUCAUGAAAAAAAUUACAAGAGGUAGUAUUUUAAUUAGAGAUUUCUAAAGUAUAACUUACAUCACUGACAAGUUGUACUUCAUACUAAGAAAUAUAAAAAAAUAUUAGCAGAACAACUUGGCACUGAGCCACAACAAAUGUAAAGACAGUCUGUUGAACCUUGCUUGAGCACCCUUGCUCAAAUUUUUUUAUUUACUACUUCCCUAUAGGUACACCAUUGAUCCUCGUUUCUUCAAGUUAUUUCAUGACUAUAGUAUAUAUGGCCUGCUGUAUUUAUAUGCUUUUGCCCAAUUUUUAAUGUAUACCAUAUAUUUUUCUAUGUUCAUCAGUAUAUAUUUAUUUUUUGUUAACAACAUAUCUGGUUCUUUAAAUGCAGUAUGCACCAUAGUAGCUUGAUAUUCCAGUCUUGCCUCUUGCAGAAAAGGUUUCUGUGCUCAAUAGAUUAGAUGCAUUCGGAUUACUCUCAGUUAUAUUAAUGUGAAUCAUCAGAUGUUGUGUUUUUCUUUUUAAGGUUUAAUUUGUUUACAUAUGUGAAUGGUAAUGAAUUAAAAGUGAUUUUUGUGGUUGUUAGAUAAUUAAAUGAAAUAUUUUUGUUUUGAUGUCUCUCAUUUACUACUACGUAGUUCAAACACUGUGUUUAUUGCUGGUUUAAUCAUCUUUAUUCCUCACCUUCACAAUAAUUACAUCAUCAAACUUCCUUGAAGAGCUUGAAUGUUUUUUAGAAGUAGGAAAAGUUGAGUACAAGUGCUAGACUUUAUUCUGAGGAGAGCAAGUUCCCAGUUUGAGAAUGCACAAAGUAUGAAUAGUACAGACAAUAAGGUGAUGAUAAACUUUUGUAAAUGUUAAGGAUGACAUAAUUCUCCAAACUGUUUGUUAGAUUGUGCCAACAUGAGGUUUAAACUUGAUUUACAUGGGAAGAAUAUAGAAAAGUAUUUUUCCUCUUUGAAAACUGUAGGGUCACAUGCACAUAAAACUUGUUUUAAAAUGCCUCUCUAUGUAAUGAUAUACUUGUGUAAAUGCAAGGUUGUAUUAAGUUUUGUUAAUCAUCUGUAGUGUAAAGUGCAAUAGCACUUGAAAAUAUUUAUAUCAAGUUACAUACUUCAGAACAUCUCUACCAAUUUACAUAGCCAAGUAUAUUGUAAUAGCAAUUGCCUGUUAGCCACAACAGUGUUCUGUGACUUUUGCAUUCAGUUGAAAUUUUAAGUUAUGAAUAUUGAGAAACUGCUUUAUUUAUGAGUGUCUGUUUUUUAUGGUAACCCUUUACCAUCAUACAAGAAAAGAAAAAUACUAAUUAUCAUUAAUUCUCAUAAAGGCAGCAAUAUUUCAUGCAUAAUGCACAAUACACAUUAUUCAGUGACAAGAUAUACAGUUUCAGUGAAUAAAUCUAUAAACUGUAUUUACAAAAACAUUUGAAUUUUUGUAAUGAAAUAUUUUGUAUAAACAUUGAUAAAAUAUUCUUUCCGAAAGUUCGAUCUUUGAUGUGGUAAUUUUGUCUUGUGAUCUGAUCAGUUAAUGAAAGAAUAAAUAUACCUCUGCUUGCUAAAUUACUGCUAUACUUUGUGUAUACACAGUAUAUAUGAGUUGUAUACUUAUGCUGGAAUAUUUGCAUAAUUUAAGAUUGAACUCUUACCAUCGAUGUAAAUCUAAUCAUUAAUGAAUAAAGUUGGAGUUUCAGUGAAAUUACGUUUUGAUAUUUUUAAGGCAAUAAAUUUCACUAUUGAAUGAAUGUACUGAUGUGUUUUAAAUAGAUAAUUGUUGACAUUGCUUAAAAUUGUCUGCAGAAAACUGGAUGCAAAUACAAGUAUACUGUUUACAGCAUCUUUCAUGAGUGCUGCAGAUUGUUAUGUAUUUUAGGUCUCUUAUUAAGGCUAUUUCAUAAAACCGUUUUAUAUAGAGGUGAAUUUUGACCCCCACAACUUUGUAGCAGCCCAGGGCAAGGAAUAGGAACGUGACUCUUGGUGAACAAUGUAAUGUCCUUGUUUCUCUUUAUGUUAAAGUAAUUGUUUGAAUAGCACUUAGCGAUGCAAAUAAUAUAAUCUCCCCUGUCAUACAAGAAUAUAAAUUUAUGAACAUUUUAAUAGUGGAAGGAAUUGCUUGUUGUAGCACACACUAUGUAUAUGUCAGUAAGCAUUUACAGUACUACGUAUUGUAUCUGAAAUGCUACUUACAUGAGAACUACCUCAGUAAAGGAAGUGCUUGUCCUCAUAUCCAGUUUCAUAUUUUAAUGGUUGAGUGUCUGCAACCUAGAAUGGUGGCUGCUUUAGUGCAUUAACAGUUCCACAAUGUUAUACAAAUAAGAAUACAAUUAUUAAUACUCUGCAGGAUAUUUUUGUGUGCAUCGGACUUUGGUAAUGACUGAACCUCUCCGAUAAAAAUCCACCACUUUUGAGUUGAAUUAAUAUUUCUAGUCUUACAUCUUUGCAAUUUUCAGUUGAUGUGCUCAUGUUUUGUAUUUGAUGUUGAUGAAAUGUAAUGUUAAUUUGAUAGUUUUGAUGCUUAUAGUCUUAAGUAAAAUGACUAAGGACAUGUAGUAUGCUUUAGAUGUUGCCACUUUUCCCAGAUGAUUCAUAAGUUGAGAUAUUGUGUAGAUUUGGCAGAUAUAAUGCCACAUCUUCCUCUUACCAGGUCAGAAAGGGUAAACUGCUUGACACUCUUGUGCUACGUAUCUAACCGUGAAGAUGUAAAAUAAGCGAAAUUUGAUGAUGGGUAAAGGGCGAGUUAUAGUUUUAAAAAAUUACAUUAAAUGAAGAACUGAAAUCAUGCUUUCAACUGUUUUGAUAACAGGAUAAGGAUGAUUUGGUUUUUGAUCAUCUAAAUGAAUUAUACAAAUGCCCAAUAUCUAGCCUAGACUCACUGAUGAAAAUGAUACAAUGCAAGAAAUAUACGUAAUGUUAUUGGCUCCUCAAGGAUGGUAAAUUAAGCUGGCCUUGUCUUUGCCCGGAAAGAUCUCUCUCUCUUCUGGAAAGCCCACGGGAGAGACAAGUUAGAUUUUAUGACUGGAUUAAACAAUCCCAAAUUGAGUUAUGCUUAUUAACUGUAGUCAGGUUAAAAGUUGGGAAGAAGUUUGGCAACGUAGCAAAUGACAGCCAUGUUCGUAGUCAUUUUGCGUUGACUGUAGUUCUCAUUUUUUUUAACUUUACCUUUAAACAAGCCAUGUUAGACAUUUAUCCUUGUGAACUGUUAAGUUUAUUAUUGAUUUAAAACAUAAAUAAAAUGAUUAAGAGGGCUUCUGUGUUGUCAUUUAGGUUUAUUGUUGAUGAUGAUGAUGUCUAAUUAAAUGUUAUGUCUAUCAGUAGAACUUGUAAACAAUUUCACCUCUUGAACAAAUAACUCUGUAUAGAGUUUGAGCUGAGGGUGUCAAGCUUUUGACAUCUGCUUAUAUUCCUCAUGACUGGAAACAGUCUUUCACACAUCAUGUUGUUUUGGAAACUAAUAAUGUUUAUGUGGUCAGCAACUUUUUAGUGAAACUGAAGCAGCAAGAUGAUCUACAGAUGAAUUAUAAAGAUGAAAAUUAUAACUGGUAUGUCACUCAAAAUUGGUCAGCCAAGGUUUGUUAUUUGGAAGGAAGUACUAUAUUUGUUUUAAAGACAAUAACUGUAGGUAUCAUUAUGGUAAAGUGUUAGAAACACAGAGGGAGAAUCUCUUAUGUUUUGAGUGAUGAAGGCCUUAUGUAAAUGCUUACAGAAUAGGUCAGACAGGAAUUUAGAAGUUUUAAGCGUAGUACAUCAAAAUCUUGUAAUAUGAGUGUACAGCUUAAAGGGAAAACAAGUUUGGAGAAACUGGUAAGUGCAACAUAUAUUUCUUAAGCAGAAUCUCUUUGUAACUAUUCAUUAUGUGUUAAUUUAAAUGUCCGCUUGCUGAACUUGCAGGCAGACAUUUUUUUAGUACAACCAUUAGCCAUUAGCAUUUCACUUUUCUCAUGGAAUAGAGGAUUUACUAAGUUGAUAACUGUAGUUGUGAAAAAAGUAAAAUACUGUAUUGUACCACAUUGUUAUUUAGUUACAGUUUUAAAAGUUGCUGUUGAAGGUGCCAGAAACUUGUAGCAAAGUUUGAUAUUAAUCAUAAGAUCUCAGUUUAUACAAGAGAUUAGUAUAAAAAUGUGACAUCACAAAAAGUAAUAAUCUCCUACACUUAAGAAGUUAAUGAAUGAGAAAAUUAUAUUGAAUCUCAAAACUAUUACUUGACUUAACAUCAGAGUUCAUGAAAAAAUGGUUUGUUAUAAAGAAACGCAAACAAGUGCCUGUACACAGGAGCAUCCUUCAGCAAAAGCUGAGAGCCAGUCAUUGAAAUUUUGGUAGCAAGGUCGUGAACGGGUCAUUAUGGGGUUGAGUGGGGUUACUACCCUUACUCACCUCCCAUUACCAAGCAUUUUUUGUUUUUUUGUGGUCUUGAAUAGUAAAUGUCUUGUUGUGCUCUCUCAUGCUGCUGUUGUAUGUUGGAAGAGUAUUUGGUUUGUGUGUUUUUGGAAGUUGGUUUUCCUUUUUGUGUAAGGGGGGGGGGGGGGGGGGGGGGGGACAGAAAUAUUUAAAGGGAUAUGGGUUGCCUUGUGGGUGCAUCAUGUACUAAGUACAUAUAUUUCAAGGAUAUGGGUUGCCUUGCGGGUGCAUCAUGUGCUAAGUACCAUGUAUCAAGUAGUAUUGCUCUUUCUGCAGUGGGAAAUCAUGCACCUCUAUUUUUUCCUGGAAUGAGGGCACUGAUUGCUUGUCCUUGCAGCAGGAUAAGUUAGAAGAAAGGGAUGAGGGGUGCAAGGAUAGUAAGAGUUCACAGGCCUCACUUCUCCCUGCCCCAACUGUUCCUGUUACAAUUCCUUCUGGAAUUACAGUGGCUCACCAAUAGAUUGCAGUAUAACGUACUUCUGGAUAUAUUGGUGCAAAAUAGAAAUAUCGAUUUGGGGGUUUUUGCUUCUGGAUCGAGUAUCAAACAUAAGAUUUUUUUAAUAAAUUUGUAUUUUUCAUAGCUAACAAACGAGAGGUCUUAACAAUAGAAAGGUUGUUCUAGAAAGGCUGUGGGCCAGAUGUCUAGCUAUCUCAGGAAAUAUUCAUCAGCAGUUUGCCAGGGGAAAUAUGCAGUGUAACGUGAUUGGUGUUGUCGACGGGGUUUCUCUCCACUUAAGCUUCUGCUCAGCAGAUAGCGGAUUUUCUGAUCUUCCUUAGGGUUGAGAAAAGUCUUUCCAUUUCAGCUAUCAGAGGCUAAAGAGCAGCCUUGGGCUUAGUUUUGCACCUGAAAGGCGUGGACAUCUCUUCAUCGAGGGAAAUCUUGUUGUUCAGGAGUUUUGAACAGUCCUGUUCUCCAAGAGAACUCAAGCCUCUUGCGUGGGAUCUUUCUCUAGUCCUGAGAAAUCUCACUCGGGCUCUAUUCGAGCCCCUUCAUCGGUCAUCAGACGGAUCUGACUCUAAAGACAGUUUUCCUGUUGGCCUUGGCUACUUUGAAAAGAUCUGGGGAACUUCAUGGCCUGAGUUGUGAUGUUAAACACACCAGGGGUUGGGGGUUUGUGACCUUCGAAUUUGUCCCGAAAUUUAUGGCCAAGACCCAGAAUCCUUCGGUGCAUGAUGACAGAUUGGCUCGUUUUCUAUUUCCUCACUGAAUGACUUUGUGGACAGCGAUCCACAAGAGCUCUUGCUUUGCCCCAUCAGAGCACUGCGAUGCUGUCUAAAGAGGACUCGUCACCUAAGUAGGUGCCGUAAACUUUUUGUUAGCACAGGCCGGUCAAGAAGGGAAGUGUCCAAGGACACAAUUUCAUUCUGGUUAUGCGAGACAAUGAAACAGGCUUACUCCUCCUGUCACUGGGCAGGCUAGAGCACAUGACAUCAGAGGUAUUUUCUCUCUGGCAUUUAAGAAAAACUUGUUUGUCCAUAGAAUUUUGAGUGCAGGUUCUUGGCUACGUCAAUCCACGUUCACUUUCUUUUACCAAAAGGACGUUGCCCAUAGGUCUUUGGAGUGCCUCAGCGGCGUGGUUGGUAUGGUAUUAGCGUCCCACCCCGGUGGUUGCGGGUUCAAUUCUCGGCCAUUCCAUUGAGGAGUGAGAGAUGUGUAUUUCUGGUGAUAGAAGUUCACUCUUGAUGUGGUUCGGAAGUCACGCAAAGCCGUUGGUCUUGUUGCUGAAUAACCACUGGUUCCAUGCAAUGUAAAAGCACCAUACAAACAAACAAACAAACCCACAGGUCUUUGGACACUUUUUCCUUGGGUCCGGUGGGGGCUGCCCAACAAGUUGUGUAAUUCACCCAGUGCCCCUGGCAGGACAGUUUGUAUCUUUCCCAAGGUGAUUGUGUGGAAGAGAGAAUGAGUAAGUUGGCUGGCCUCUUUCUUUCUCUUUUUUCCUUUCUUCUUCCUAUGGGGGGGUUCAAAGAAUAGACACGUCAUAUGUUGGAACUGGUCUGAUAUAGGUGAGUAUGGUGGUCAUUCUGGUGGUGGUUUUGUAUUGUUACUUACUAUACAAUAGACAAAUUUGCUAUUCAGUAGCAAGUGCUCCUCUCUCUAGCAAGGGGAGUGAGGAGUGGUGACAAACCUGUGUGGCUUGCAUGGUUUGUUGCUUGAACAUGCAGAGUUUUCUUUUGUUCCUGAAAUGCAAUGAAUCUGGUUAUAUAUCAUUGUUUCAACCCGGACAGUUGAGUUUUUAGAUAUCCGAUUGUCUAUUCGCUCAUGGACUUGGAUCCCCUUCUUUAGAACUUGUUCCUCUAGGAAGGGUGGUCAGGUGGGUUAAACUCCCAGCCAGGUUAGGGUACUUGUACCUCCCUCCAAGUAUAAGUCUAUCCUAUUGUUACGACCAAAGGUUUGUUGUACGUAUGAACAAAUGACAAAUUUUUAAUUAAUUUGUAUUUUUCAUAGCUAACAAACCUGAGGUCUUAAUGUUUACUGCCCACAUCUAGCUGCCCCUCUCUUUUCCUUGGUUGGGGGAAAGACUGACACGCCACAGUGUUCUAUGCCUGGUAGGUGACCAGCUUCCACCUUGUAAACGCAUGAGUUGCCAGAUGCCACAGAUUCCUUGCUUUACAAUCUUUCAUUGUUUUUAACCGGUUUCCAGCUGGCGCAAGAAGAUUAAACUGUUCUGCUUUGCCCUUGUCUAGACUUCCUUCAGUUGCUUCUUCUUCCUUUGAAGGCUUGUCCACUUCCUAUUAUUCCAUUGAUUUGGUCUUUCUCAGAGGUGAAUGUUCCCCCCACCCUGGAGGGUGGAGGCAGUACCAUCUUUUUCCUCUGUUUCAAUCCGGUUUUAUGGGGCUUGUCUAGUGACUGGAUUUUCUAAAUAAUGGCGCUGUUAAGCAGGUUGUUAUUGGUGCUGAUUUCCGGUUAACGGUGCUGUUAAGCUGGUUGUUAGUGCUAUUAUCACCAACUUUUGGUUAGUGGCGCUUGUUCGUGAACAGAAACCACACCUUUAACAGGGGACUGCCUUUGGUUAUCAGUGGCCUUGAUUAUUGGUGAUCUGGUUUUAUGGAGCUUGGCAACAUAAAUUGGUGAUUUUCAGUGCUGACAUACACUGAUUUCUGCUUAUCUCGGGCACUGGUAUCAAUACAUACCUACAGAUUGGAGUUUUUCGGUUAUUGUCACACACUCGGAAUGGAAUUCCUCCCAUAAUCAGGGACUGCCUAUUUACAGACAGUUCCCGGUUAUCAGUAAUCCGGUUUCAUGACAAUUGUCUGGUGAUAACGAUAAUUGGAUUUCUGGUGCCGACAUGCGCCUUUCCCGACUUAUGUCGAACAGCUCCUGUACUACCCUUCUUGCAUGGGAGAGGGAGAGGGAUUUCUUGCAGGAAGAAGGGAUCCUACCAAUUGUUUUCCUAUGAUGAUGAUGAUGGAGGAGCUCAGACUUGUGCCUCCCCUGGUGAGGCUUUGACUCUGGUACUUCUUUUACCUUUCAUUCAACUACAGGCAGUCCCUGUUCAUUCAUUCAACUACAGGCAGUCCCUGUUCAUCGGCAAUCUGGAUUUAUAGGACUUAUCUAGCACCAUAAGAUCAGCGAUUUAUGGCGCCAUAAAUCAACGAGUUUUGGUUAAUGGUGGUUUUCGCUCAUCAGCACCCCCAGGAACAGAACCCCCACCGAUAACCGUGGACUGUCUGUAAUUGUUGUGAUGUUCCUGGUAGCAAGGCAUCAUCUCCUGUAGUGUCAUCCUUGUUUAGCAGCUGUUCUCUCUAUAGCAGAUCCUCCAGCUGUGAAAUAGUUGAUAUAAACAUCAGUCUUCCUUAAAUAUUGGAGAUGAGCAAGACUCAAGCUGGUUAAAGAAAAAACUGUUCACAACAUUCCUCCUCCUUGUUAAGCUCAUCUUCCUUGUCCUUGACCACUCCCUGCUCUCGCAGGAGACAAGGUAGUCUAAGGCGGCUUCUUGUGUGUGUUUGUGUGCAUGCUCCCAGUCACCUUUGGGUGACUGUUUAAGGAAUGUAUUUAGAACCCAUUCUUGACCCUCUUAGAAAACUGGUAUUGUUUCUAAUUCCAUUUGUGCUUGUCCAGAAACACUUGUAGUUGAGUCAGCACAUCCCACUUACUUUGCACCUGUUUGGUCUCUGGACUGUGAGUGUGCUAGAAGCAGGGUAGACUCUUCCUGCCAUACUUUUACAGUCAGGGCUUGCCAAUCUUGGGAGGACUGCUCACACACAGCCCACCCACCUAUCUUGUGCAUGAUUCUCUGAAAAUGCAGAAGGUGCCUUUUCCAGUAAGGCUCCAGCUUGUGCUCCUGAGGAUCUGAUAGACUCAGACAGUCCUUUCCUUCCAGAAACUCGGCAGGCCAAGCUAGUGGCACUUUGGAGAUAAUAUCAUGCUCAUUCUGAGUGUAAUCUUGGGUCUGGUCACAAUAGUUUGAACUUACCCUUAGGUGCACUCCUGAAGAGAUACCAUUAUUUGGGUUUCUGUGGUCCCAGCUUGCUCAUGAUGUCUUGGGCCAAGUGAACUCUAACCUUCAGGUCAGAUUUACUCGUCCAACAGAUCUAGCCUGUGGGCUGUCAAAUGACCUCCCCCCUAAGACAGGGCCUGCUAGGAAGGUACUUCAUUCAGCUUCCUCCUGGAUGCCUGAUGGCUCAACAUUUAGUUGAAGACAUAGCAGACUUUUCCAUGACAGGUGUCUCAUCUCAGGAUGAGAGGGCAAAGUUCCAGCGGUUACUGGUGUUAGAAGAAAAGACACCUAUUUCCCUUUUGCGCUACAGUGUCAACCUUUGGGCUGACUUCAGUAAGAGGAGGAUGGACAUGGUUUUGUCUCUCUUCUUUAGACAAGUGUCCAACAAAUUACUCUUAUUCAGGAACAGUUUGGUGUUGGGUUCUCCGUCACUUUUAUCCUGGAUAAUGUGACGGCAGCAGUGGAUAAGAGAAAAUCAAGAGUUCUGGGAUCCUCUUACCCAUUGCACAAUGUUUUUCAAACUUUCAUUGUGGCAAAGAAACCCAUAGUCAAACCCAUGCAAGUUGGCUAGGUCUUCAGGUUCUGGGAAUGAUGCCUGCUUCUUCCAAACCAAGACCAGCAGCCCUGCCCUUCUUUCUCUAGCAAGGGAGUGGAGUCAAGUCAAGUCUUCUCAUCCCUUUAGCUCUCCUCCCUCUGCCAUGGCUAGGAAACGGAGGGUAUGAUAAUUAGAAAGGAGGGGAAGUUGCUAUGGCUGGUAGUCCCCUGUUACAAGGGGGAAAUGUCUUUCUGGCCAUUGGGCAAUGUAGUAGAGACAUAAGGCAGAGCCCCUUGUAGUGUCAGUCCUAUGGGCUGGCUACAAGAUUCCCUCACACUGUUCUGAUCUUAUUCUCUGUUUUCUUCAGAAUCUCUGGCCCUUUCAGCAAUGGAAAAAGUACUAUAGAAUGCUGGAGACUGGCCAUUGGCCUCUCACUGUUGAAGAGGUUUGUGUUGCACACUCUCUAAGAUAGGAGCAGCUCAGUCUGUACUAAAUUUCAUCAGGGGCAAUUUCAUGAUUUCAGUAGGCCUGAAGGAUUUGUACUUCUAAGUACCAGUCCGUCAGAACUCUGAAGUACUUCCACUUUGUCUGCAAUGGGAGUAUUUACUAGUUCAAACUCUCUGCUUUAGACUGGUGGCCACGUCUGAAUUUCCCUUUGAUUCAGCAUGGGACCAAUUGCGAGGUAUAUGCUUACUGCAUUACCUGGAUGAACAGUUAGUCCUGGCAUCCUCCAAGAAGUGUUUGCUCCUGAGCUACAGUUUACACUCAUUUUGGCACUAGUACUGAUCGUGCUAAAUUGGGAGAAGUUGGCACUCAUGUCAUCAGGCAAAUACCUCCUAGGUAGACAGAACGUUCUAGCAGACUAGUGCAGUCACAGUAGUCAGGUUGUAGGGACAAUGGUCCUUACUUUCUUGAAUGGUGGGGAGGCUUCCUGUGCUUGACCUUUUAGGUACCAGGCUGAACAGAAAGCUUCUGGUGUUCUGUUAUCCUAUUCCAGAUCCUUUGGUGGUGACCAGACACAUUGCCACACCCCAGGGACAAUCUGCAUGUUUAUGCCUUUCUGCCUGAUUUUUUGAGUUAUCAACAGCAUGUUGAUCACCCCGGGUCUCAGGAUAACCCUGGUUGAUCCUCAUUGGCCAGAUGCCAAUGGUUUCUGCUGGCUUUCCUGGUCAGGGCACUGAUAGAGAUUUCUAGGUGGCCCAUUCUUCUUUGUCAGUCACUCAUUCAGAGGUGCCACCCAGCUGUCCAUUCCUAAGAGACAGAGACUUUUUCUUGCAGGACUGUGAUGGCAAUGUCUAUAGAUGCCUCUGUUGUUCCUCAAUGAAUAUGAAGGAGGCCAUCUUCUGCUAUUUGUGCCAUAGAAGGGGUCUCUGAGGUUGGAGUGUCUGUUGAGCAGGUCGCAGACUUCCGGCAACCUUAUUGGCUUUGAUAAGACAAGCUCCUCUCAGUCUGAUGUAAAAGUCGAUCGCUCAGGUCUGAUCCAGGUUUGUGGACUAAAGGGCCUGGAUCUUUCCUCUUCAAUGGAGCUAUGCAUAUUUUUCUGGUGGCUAACCCAGGUGCCUUGUGAGCCCCUAAGGAAAGCUUUGGACCAAGAGUUCACUCUCAGGACUUGUCUUUAUGCUAGCUUUUGCUUGGUGAAACAUGCUGGUUGGUACAUGGCAUUUCUAGUCACUCAUAGGGCUGGGGUCUCUUUCUUUCUCUUUUGUUUCUGACUUGUGGUGAUAUCUGGGUCUCUUUCUUUCUCUUUUGUUUCUGAAUUGGGGUGAUAUCUCAGAACUCAUCCAUUCCUGAUGAGAUUAGAAAAGUUUUUCAAUCUAUGAGGUAAUCAAACAAGCUUAUGACUCCUUGAGGACAUCACCCACCUUACUCAUGUGGGAGCCCAUGAGAUUGGCAGUGGCUAUCCCUAAACUUUCAGAGGAACUUCUUGAUUUGCCAAGUAAUGAGGGUGGGUGUCUGUUGUAGGCAGACAACCUUUUGAGUCUUCUAAAUAGAAGGCGAUGGUUGGUAUUUCUUUAGGAACAAAUAUAAAAAUUUAAUGUCAUAUAUAUUUUUCCUAGGUGUAGAAAUGAGCCUUUUAUUGUUGUCCAUCCUCAACUACCCAGCUUUGUCCCUGAGGUGAUGACAAGCCCUGUAACCAGUUAACCAUGUUAUCACCAAGUUUAACAACUGUCUCCCAGCUCUUAUUAAAAGGUACUCCUAUUUAAAAGUUGGUUUGUAUACCUAAGAAAAAUAUUGCAGACACCACCCUAUUUACGAAUGAGUUACGUUCUGAAUAAAUGUUGUAUCUUGAUUUGUUCAUAAGUUGGUUUUUAAUAUGUACUGCAUAAUUUUUGUUGAUGUUUGCAUUCAAAUUUGUCUCUAGGUGCCUAUUCUGCUAGUAAGAAUUUCUGCAAAGAACAUUAGAACAUGGUGAAAGUAAAGAACCUGUUCCUUUAACUCCUUCCUUGAUUAUCCUGGGUACUGUUCUUGUGGUAAACUAUCAUGUAUUCUUACAGUCACAAGAAUAUUAGUUCAUACUUUUAAAAUAUUCCUAUUUAUGUAUUUCUAUCUUCCUGGUUGUAUUCUUUUUACCUUUCUAGCAUCCAAAGUAAUUCCUUAUACUAUAAUACUGUACGAUUUAAAAACAAAAUACACAUACUAAAUAUAGAAAAUGGAACUUCAUCAUAGACCAAAUUAAAUUGGGAAAAUAGAAAUCAGUAGGAUUAUUUUAAGAGUAUGAAAAAAUAUUCUCGUGAUUGUAAGAAUACAUGAUAAUUAAUCACGAGAAUACUCAGGAAAAUCAGGGAAGGGGUUAAAGUAAUAGGUUCUCAUUUUCUUCUGUUCUUUGCAAAACUUUUUAUUAUCAGAAUAGGCACCCAGAGAAAAAUUUGAAUUUCUGGGUGGCAAAGGGCAGUGCUCCAAACACUUUUAACUUGUGACCCUCUCAACGUAUUUGUAUCCUUGAAAGUUUGUAAGUAGGGUAGAGUCUACUUUAAAAUUUGAUAUAAUCUCACUGUAGUGAAGCUCUAGAAUACCUCAACUUUCAUAGGGGUUCACUUUUUACCCAUUCGCUUUUAUUCAUCCAGCUAAGUUGUUUUGCUUCUUGAACAUCCUCCUUUCUGAAAUUCCCCCUCUCACUUAAAAAUGAAUCUCUUGGGCCAGCCUUAAGAAAAUUUGCAAAAGACUUUGUGCUAUUAAAUCACAGCAUUGUUUAAGAGUACUAUUUUAUGCCAAAACAAAAUUAUUUUCAGGACAGAAUAUUGUUCAGUUCCCUGUGUAUUUUAUGGCUUUAUUAUAUACUUUUGCUGCAGGUGUCUGUGCAACCAAUGUAAAUAGAAAGUGAAGUGGAAGCACAAGAAAAACUGGGUAGAUUCAGGUAGCUUUUUUGUGUUGUACAGUAGUAUAGUUACUUGUUUUUAUGACAAAACUAGUAUUAUAAUUAGAUUAUAUUCCAAACAGAGAUGUGAAACAAUUACUAUACAUACAUUGAGGUUAUCAGUAAAACAUGUGGUUUCAAGUAAAUUUAGGAAUUUGUAUUUUUGUAAUUCUAAUCAGUUUAUAUUGAUGUGUACAUAGAAUAUAAAGCAUAGUUCAUAGCCCAAGUGUAAAUUUAUAUUUGUAUAAAAAUUGAGUGUAAUACAUUUUUAUCCUUUGGAUAUUUAAGUUUAACAUUUUAAGUAACUGAGGUAGUUGCCACUUAAAUGCAAAAUAUCACAUGAUAUUUUGUAACCUAACUUUUAAAAGUUGGUUAUUUACAUGAUCAUAAUAUGUGACUGGAAGUUAUGUUUAAUUGGCAUUAACUGCAUCCAUGCUCUGCAUCACCUUUAAGCAGGAACUGUUGUUGUUUAGAUUUCCUUGGGAUCUGAAUAUUUAAUCAAAAAGUAGGAGUAGCUUUAGCAAAACUACUAUUUUACAAAUUUACUCUACAUUAUUUCUAUUUGAACAUUUGUCUAAAAAUAGUGUUAAUUUUCUCUCCAGCACAUGACAUCCAGUUAUUUUAUUGGUAAUGGAAGCAGAAUUAGUUGUGUAUAUAUUUUCCUAUGUUCAUAUAAUUUUUUUUUACCUGUAAUAAAAUCUCACUGUAAUUAUAAAUUAUGAUAAAAGAGU